AUGUUCCUGUGCCUCAUUGCCCAACUGGGUACCGAACCUGGCCUGUGUCCCGUCUUUGCCUCUGCCUCACGUCUCCGUACCUGUUCUGUCCGGCUGUUGAUGACCCCCUGGCUCACGUCCCGCCUACGCUUCCAGCUGCUGAUCCAGCGACACGGGGCUCCUGCCCAGCACUCUCCAGUCACCUGCUUCCUGCCAACACUCAGCCAGAGCCAUCUGCUACAGCGGCCCUCGUGCCACUCUGUGUCCUCCACUCCCUGUCACCACUACCAGGGAUGUUGGAAAGAAGGUGCAGGAGAAGCCCUCUCUACAGCUCGAUCUCCACCAGGUUUCUGCGGUUACAGAACUGCCUAUGCGCCUUCGAAUGUGGAAGGUUUUGCAAACUGUCUCCUGGGAUGUCUACGUCACACAUUUCAGGAGGUAGUUUUGCAAGACCCUCACGACUUGACCCCUGGAGAUGAUCCCACUGGAGGUGCCGAGCCCUCACCACCACAGCCGUACACACCACUCUACCGGAAUGUCCGAGACCCCAACUAUGACGAGUUUGCCCAGGGUGCCACGGUGUACCAGAAGGUGGUGCCGGAGCUGGACGAGGCAGAACUCCAGAAAGCGGUCCAUCCCAUGGUGCAGGAGUACUUCGAACACGGGGACACCGGGGGGGUCAUAGCUCUCCUCUGUGAGCUGAAUUUGGGCGGUAAGAGGCCCGAGGUCUCCCGCCUGGCUGUGUCUCUGUCCCUGGAAGGAAAGGCCAGCCAUCGGGAACUGACCUCCCGUCUCCUGUCCGACCUGCUGCUGAAAGUGCUGACCGAAGAGGACAUGGCUCGGGCCUUCAACAAGCUGCUCAUCAACUUACCUGACCUUAUCCUGGACACUCCUGAGGCUCCACAGAUGCUGGGACAGUUUAUCGCUCGUGCCGUGGCUGAUCACGCAUUGCCUCUUAAUUUCCUGGACCGGUACAAGGGACGUGUUGACUGUGAGCAUGCGCGGGCCGCUUUGGACCGCGCUGCCGUCCUUCUCAGAAUAAAGAGAGCGAUCAUCUGGCUGGACAACGUGUGGGGAGUCGGAGGAGGACAGAGACCCGUGAAACAUCUCAUCAAAGAGGGGCCGCAAAUGUUUUGUGAGCGAGGGAGACAGAGGACUCGUCAAACAGUGACUGGACCCCUCCCCCCCCUCUGGCCCGGAGGUCAGAGAUUCCGGGGAGACCUUCUGGUGUACAAAAUAAAAUAAAGG